CACAGCUACUGCCAGGCCUGUCUCCUGCGCUUCAUGGGCCCGCCCUCCUCAACGCGGAGACAGCAACACAGGGAGACCUUCUCCUGCCCCCAGUGCCGGGCUCCCUUCAGGAGAGGCAGCCUGCGGCCCAACAAGCAGCUGGGCAGCCUCAUCACAGCCCUCCUGGAGCUGGAGCUGGAGCAGGAGCAGGAGCAGCAGCAGCAGCUGGAGCAGGAGCAGGAGCAGGAGCAGGAGCAGGAGCAGGAGCUGUCCUGCCAGGAGCACGGGGAGCGGCUGCACCUCUUCUGCGAGGACGACGGCCAGCUCAUCUGCUGGCGCUGUGAGCGUGACCCGCGGCACAAGGGCCACAACACGGCACUCGUGGAGGACGCGAGCCCCGGCUACAGGAAUCGAACCCGGGACCCUUCAGACCACGUGCUGAGGAUCUAGCCGCUGAGCUAGACCAGCCAGGCCGCACCUGCAGGUUUUAUCUCCUCUCCGGUCAAUGU